UAUACAGCGUACGGUCUAUGUGGAAUUUGCCGGUGUUACGUCAUAUUGUUGCACGUCCAAUCGGUAAAAGCUGUUGGAAAGUGCUGAGGAAGACUUAUUCUCUGAUCUUAACUGCUUGCACAAUUUGAUUUUGUUCUUGAGGUGAGGGUGUCCUGAAAAGCUACUUGAAAGGAUGGGUUCACGGGCUUCUACUUUGUUGAGGGAUGAAGAGAUCGAGGAAAUAAAGAAGGAAACCGGGUUUUCUCACAGUCAGAUAACAAGGCUGUAUAGCAGAUUCACCAGCCUGGACAAGGGUGAGAAUGGCACACUCAGUAGAGAAGAUUUUCAGAGAAUACCAGAGUUGGCAAUUAACCCAUUAGGAGACAGAAUAAUUAAUGCCUUCUUUCCUGAAGGGGAGGACCAGGUAAACUUCCGUGGCUUCAUAAGGACUUUAUCCCAUUUCCGACCUAUUGAAGACAAUGAGAAGAGCAAAGACGCCAAUGCUGCAGAACCAUUAAACAGUCGAAGCAACAAAUUGCUGUUUGCCUUCCGUCUGUAUGACCUUGACAGAGAUGACAAAAUAUCACGAGAUGAACUUCAGCAGGUCCUCCGCAUGAUGGUGGGUGCUAACAUUUCAGAUGAGCAGCUUGGGAGCAUUGCUGAUAGAACAAUACAGGAGGCUGAUGUGGAUGGAGACGGUGCUAUCUGCUUCUCAGAGUUUGUAAAGGUUUUGGAGAAGGUAGAUGUAGAGCAGAAAAUGAGUAUUCGUUUUUUGCACUGAUAGUGUCCCAGACGACUCCUGCUGCCAGCCGUAGGAACACUACUGCCUGCCAGAACUUGCUGUUGAACUGUCCAAUAUAGAAAGAAUAGAGCCUUUUAGUAGUUAACAUCAUUCUGUUAUGUGCAAAGCACAGGUCCUCAGCACUGGAACCAAGCUUAAAAGGGACAUUUUCAUUUUGGGCAGAUUUGUUGGUUUUUGUUCUACACUGUGCAAUAUUUCUGAUAUCCUUCUGGGCAUUUUUUAAAAAUUUUUUUUUGUUUUAAUCCUAGACACUGGUGCAACUGAUUUCCUUUGUGUUGUAAACAUUAGAUUCAUUAAACAUUUUGUGGUUUUGAAGUUUUUAAA